GUCGACUGUCAUUUAGUCCCUUCUGCAUUGAACCUAAACCAGUUGCCUAAACAGUGACACUGUGCUGUGUCUUCAUCCAGGAGUUAGAAUUAGCUAGGAGCUGCUACUCAAGGUCUUUUCAGAAUGGCUGCUGAUAUUGCAAUGCACCCGGAUGAGCCCAUGUCCUUUGAGCCUCGCUGCCCCGAUGACAAAGCAUCCACAGGUGCAAGUACUUCCCCUACAACUACAUGUACUACAAAGAAUUCUCUCAAUGUUGCCCUGGAGUCCUCCAUGAAGAUUUGGCAGCCUUCUGGAGUUCGUGUGAUGGGAGAUUUACUGCCUCAAGGUCCUCUUGAGACCACUCCAAGUCACCUUAGUGCUGCUCUUGAUUUCAGCUGGAUGGACUUUCCAAAACCCAGCAGAUUCACGACAAUCAGACGGGAGCAUGCAUCUCAUUAUUCCCGGGGAAUUGAUGAGACCAGUCUUUCCAGUGGUUCUAGAAGCACCUCUCACAGCCCAUCACCAACUCCCAGGGGUGCUGACUCAGCUGGAGUUGCUGGACAGCGCUCGAGUCCCACUCUGUUUGCCUCGCGUAGUAGCAGCUCAUCUGCCACUCUCCCCACCAGCGGAGCUCUACCAGCCGAGACCUAUUCCAGAAAAGUGUUUGUGGGUGGACUACCUCCUGACAUUGACCAAGAUGAGAUCAGGGAGCAGUUCACUCGAUAUGGACCCCUCACAGUCGAUUGGCCCCACAAAGCACAGUCCAAGGCGUAUUUCCCACCCAAAGGUUAUGCCUUCUUGCUUUUUCGUGAUGAGGUAGCUGUGCAUAGACUGGUGGACCACUGCAUGUCUGAAGAGGACAAACUAUUCACUUUUGUUUCUAGUGUUACACAAAGCAACAAGAAAGUUCAGAUUCGCCCCUGGAAUCUUUCUGACAGUGACUACAUCAUGGAUCACACUCAGCCAAUUGAUCCACGCAAGACCAUUUUCAUUGGAGGUGUUCCGAGGCCCUUGAAAGCAGCCGAGCUGGGUGAUAUCUUCAACUCGAGAUACGGCAAUGUGUGCUAUGCUGGGAUUGACUGUGACCCUGAGCUCAAGUACCCAAAAGGGGCUGGUCGAGUUACCUUCAGUUCUAGAGUGAGCUUUAUGAGUGCAGUUUCCUGCCGAUUUCUUCAAGUCACCUAUGGAGACAUUGACAAAAAGGUUGAGGUCAAGCCAUACGUACUUGACGACCAGAUGUGCGAUGAAUGUCAUGGAGUCCACUGUAACGGUCGCUAUGCUCCUUACUUCUGUGGGAAUAUUCACUGUCUACGCUACUACUGCGAGCACUGCUGGGCUACCAUUCACUCUGCCCCUGGUACACAGAACCAUCGCUGCUUCAUCAAGGAGAAUGGAGACAGACCCCGAGCAAUCAACUUCUUCCCAACUCAACGCCCAAGCUUAGCUCUCCCUUGAGAUUGAUUGUCUGAAAAUUUGCUGUGCAAGAAAUAAGAUAAAAAAACCUCUUCUAAAGUUGAUAAGUGCAACCCAAUCUCUUUGAAAAGAUAUUAUACUAUUUAUUUUAUGCUACUUUGCUAAGAAAUAUGUUUGUACACUUGUGCCUCGAUUUGGUUCCGUUGUGUUUCUAUCGAAAUUAAUCUAACCCAGUCCCCUCAAGUUUGUUGCAGAUGUCACAGGUCUUUUGCUUGUACUUAUUGUGUGUGUAAAUGAGUAUUAGGCAGUUUGAUUUUAAUUCUGCUUAAUUUUACACUCUUGAUGUUUUGUUAUUGUCAUAAUUACAACCUGCAAGGACAGGUUUCAAAAUUACUCUUUUUCAAUGAUCCGUUACGCAAGGAGUUUGUACAUUCAUGUUACUAUGACGAACAAAAACUGUACCUAAGUUUUGCCACACAUUCUUAUGACUUUUCAACUCAUUCUCACAUUGAAAUAUACUGUACUCAUGUCUUGUUGAGUUUUAAUAAUUAUAACAUUCAAGAUUGUGAUAUGCAUGAAGCAGGGUACAAAAUGUAGAUCAGAGUUGCUGUAAUCUCCAAUGGAGCAUUAAAAAUCAUGUCGCAAUGUAUAUAGUGCGUGAUGAAAACUUAGGGGUGAGGGUGAUGUCAGUGGGAUGUUCCCGGGAAAGCCUUUGGGAAUCUAAAAAAAUGAAAUUAUAUAAAUUAGGUAUAAUUAAUUCUAGAAACUUGCAAGAAACACAUAAUUAUAAUUAUAUA